GUAUGGCCCCAUCAGUGUUUUCAAGAACUUCUCCUGGACCGUCCGACAGUCUGAAAGGUGGAUUGUGGUUGGCGGCAAUGGCACUGGCAAGACCACGCUGGUUGAUCUUAUCACUGGAGAGAAUGUACAGGGAUACCAGCAGAACAUUCACUUGUUUGGCAGGCAGAAGGGAAGCGGAGAAAGCAUCUGGGACAUCAAGAAACAGCUUGGUGUCAUCUCGAGUGAGCUUCACAUGGAGUACCUGAUAUUUUCGGACCCGCGAUUUUAUCGCAAAGUGACGGCUUGGGACGUUGUAUGUUCUGGGCUUUUCGAUAGUAUCGGCCUGUACGUCGAGCCUACCUCCGUACAGACAGCCGCUGUGCUUCAGUGGAUCGACAGACUCGGUCUGCAGGAGCUGGUGAUCGCCCCCAACUGCAACGAGGCUUUAGCAGCCCUGGAGCCCUUCUCUUCGAGCCCUUUAUUCUUCGAACUCUCCCAUGGGCAGCAGAAGCUGGUGCUGCUCUGCCGUGCAAUGGUGAAGGAACCUCGCUUGCUGCUGCUGGAUGAACCUACGCAUGGGCUGUCGGGCAGCAACCGCGGGAAGUUUUUGUCGCUGUUGCAGCGGCUAGCGCAAACCUCGGAUGUGGCGAUCAUCCUCGUCACCCACAGAGAGGAUGAGAUCGAGAUGCUUGGGUUUCCCAACGUACUACGUCUCCAAAAGGAGGGAAGGGAAUCCAGCUCGAGCAGCGCUGCUCUGUAG